AUGAGUAGCCGCCAAGGCGAGUGGCAGCGCGUGCAGGACGCGCAGGGGCGCUACUUCUACGUGAACCACGCGACCCGGGAGACGUCAUGGCACCUGCCGACGGCAGACCCGCUGCCGCCCGGCUGGGAGGAGCUCAUUGACGGCCAGGGCCGCGUCUACUUCGUGGACCACAACACGCGCACCACGACGUGGAUGGACCCGCGCGUGGCCGCCGCGCGCCGCCGCACCAGGGGCCAGUCGGUUAUGUCGGCGGCGCGGCCGGCGUCCACGGCCGUGGGAGAUAGGGGCCGCUCCCCGACGUACGACGACCCGAAGCGCGCAUCUCGAGGCAGCGUCGACUCGCGCUCCGAUGCGCAGAGCAACGGACACUCGCGCGUGAGCGGCAAGAGCAGUGUCGGCAACCUGUCGGCUGGUUCCUUGUCGUCGUCAGGCGCGCCGGCCACGGGCGCUGACGCGACCGACGAGACCAUCAGGAUGAAUUCGUCGGCGCUGCUGGAGCGGUACCGCGACGAGACCAAUCUGGACGACACGGUGGUGAUGCAGACCACCGCGUCCACGGCGCUGCCGGCCGACGCGGAGGAGUGGUUCACGGCCCACUCUGAGGACACGACCAAGCGGAUGAAUGAUGCCAGGCUCGACGAGUUUGAGGAGGCGCCACCAGCCGCGGCCACGUCAAAGGAGGAAACUGCUGCUCCGUCCGUUGUGGACGCGGAGCCGGAGCUAGGGAGGAGCGGCCUCCAAAGCAAGCUGGGCUUGUCGGCCAUCUCGGAUGCGCGCAAGAGCAGCUUCAACACGGGAGACGUCAAGAUGGUGCUGCGCCGCUACUUCGCCCCGAUCUUCGUACGCGACGAUGACUCGCCGGCGUGCCGACAGUGCGGCAUGCGCUUCGGCACGUUCCGUCGGCGCCACCACUGCCGGCUGUGCGGCAACGUGUACUGCGCCGACUGCACGUCCAACAAGGUGAAGCUCCCGAUUGAGGCGCCUUCGUACGACAAGGAGCAGCCUGUUUGCACGAGGUGCUUCCGGAAUGUGCAGGCGGGCGAUUUCUUCAGCAUCGUGGGAUUGCGCCGCAAACUUGACGACCCAACGGCUACGGUUGAUGACAAGGUGGAGCAGACCAUGCAACUCGCAAUGACGCUGUCAGCUGGACGCCCGGAGACUGACGGAAACAUGGGUCUACACCGCAUUGCGCAGCUUAACGACGUCGAGGCCGCCGGAGGCGUGGCUUCGUUCUGUCAGCUGCUGAACACGGAUCUGGAGCCACUGCAACAAGCCGCCCUUGAGAUGCUGGCGAAUCUCAUUGAGCUCGAGAACAGUGCGGGCAACGAAUUGCCAGCGGGCGAGGCCUUCGCGCAGUCGGGCGCGUGCGCACAACUGGUGAAGGUCAUGGGGAACCGUGUGAUGGAGCAGCAGCUAGGUCGCAGCGUUCGCCCGGAGGUGGAGCGCAUGGCCCUUCGACUUUUCUACCAUAUUUGCCAGUCAACGACGUGUCAGACCGCGCUGCGCAAGGCAGGGGGAGGUACGCGCUUGCUGGAGUUUUUGUCGGUGGACUCGCCGUCCUCGCUGGAGAUGCGCGUGGAGGCGGCACGCUGCCUGAAGCGGUUUGUGCAGAAGAACGUGGAGAACAUCACUGAGAUGACGCAGAAUAAGGGCGUGGCAUUGCUGUGCACGCUGCUGGGAGACUUCAUCGAGCUGCGCUCCGGUAGCGCCCUUGAAGGUAGCGGCACUGAGUUCCCUCGUGAUGAGUCGCAUGAAGUGGCCAUCGAGGCCAUCCUGAGCACGAUCUGUGAGUGUAUUCACUUCGCGGACAAUGGGGCUUCUCAAGCGCAGCGCGGCGUGCAGCAGAUUCCUGCCGAUAGUAUUCACUCGUUCGUAACGGUGCUGCAAAAUGGUGACCGCGUGAACCGCAUGCUUGCGUCGCAGGUAUUGAUUCAGGUGUCGAAGGAGCCGUCUUUGAUCACGAUUCUGGCCAAGGAGAAGGAGUUCAUUAAGGAGAUCAUGUGGAUGCUGGACAGCGACGAAGACUACACUGUGGCCUCGGAGAUUUUGUGCGGGCUGUGCUCAACCAUGCCCAAGCAGUCACUGAGCGACACUGUUCCAGGAGAGAACACUGAUGACGCGCAUGAAGAGGUGCUGAAGGUCAUUUACGACCUGGAGGUGUUCGAUCUGGUGCUGAAGAAGCUCAACGCGUGCGUUGUUGGCGAGAAGCAACUCGUGGGCGAGAUCACGUUUCAGAGGAACCUGCUUGGAAUCACCAUGAGCUUCAGCGCCGAGUCCGCAGCGUAUGUUGACUACAUUUGCUCCCGCAACUGUGUCCCCACGCUAUCGGCUUUCCUGCUUUCCCGGAAGGAGCGUCUGAUCCCGUUGUGCGCGCAGACUCUGAUGAACCUCUGCGAGUUCAACUCGAGCAUCUUUGAUGAGCUGUACGAUCGAAACGUGUCGGACUUUUUCCACCGACUGCUGCAGACGCCGCCCGACGAGAACCGGUUGUCGGCGCUCCGCUACUUCCGGGCUCUUGUGGACAACAAGCGCCCGUUCUCGGUCGGUAUUCUGGACACUCUCUUCUUGAUGGCGUCUGGACGAGAUGAGGUGCUGAAGUCUGGGAGCUUGGAUGUGCUCGCCCGCUUGAGUGGUGUCAAGUCCAUUGCCUCUGUGCUGGAGCCAUUGGAAGAACCUCCGACCCCGGAGAUCGGAGAGAUGGUGCAGAAACUUCAGGAGCGCGUGGUUGGAGUGGCCUACUUCCCUGUGCUGAUGACGAUCGCGUGCUCAUCAGGCGACAGCGAUCUGCGCAGCAAUGCCAUCAAGUGCCUUAGCUGUGCCGUCGGUGGCGGCGAUGAGUUCGUUGCACGAAUGCUGGACCAGGAAAUGCUGCGUGCGUUCUGGACGGGCUUGCGCCGAUGGAUGGACGUGCCUGCUGACGACCUCACGGCCGUGGAAAUGCAGCUGAACAAGGCGUUGCUGCAGCUGCUGUACCGUGUGCUGAAGAUGGCGUCGUCGCGCAUCGCCUCCAUGGGCGAGGACCAAGUGAUGAACCUUGUGACUGUCGUGACUGAGUUUAUCGUAUCGCAGCCCAGCCGACUGGUGAUGGGGAUUCGCAUCAUCCGUCUCUUGAUCGCGCACUCUGCUUGGAAGGAUUCCUUUGUGGCGCUGUAUGCUGUGGAGUCGACCUCGACUGGAUUGAAGUUCCUGCAGGCGUUGAUGAACGGCAUCGAACAAUCAAGCUUGGCGGCGAAAGAGGACAGUGAGAACACCGUGUUCGAUGAUUCAGUUGCUGUCCUGAAGGAGCUGAUUAAGGACCCCCAAGAAUUCGAGCAAGACGACGAGCAGGGUGGCGUCGCGAUGUCAAACGAUGCGGUUGUGAAUCUGAUUAUUAGCGCUGGAGUCCACAUUUCACUGCUAGAGCUGCUGCGUGGCAAUGCUGUGCGCGAGAGUCUCAGAAAGACCGAGGCAUCUCUAUCGGAGGCUGAGGAGAAAACCGAGGAAAGCCAUGAGUACGUCGUGACCCGCGCGCUGGAGCUUCUGGACCUAUUGGCACGCUCGCGUCGUAUCCGGCUGCUGAUUCUGGAGGCCGGUGACGCGUUGGACGCACUGGUGAACGCGUAUGAAGCGACCACCGACGACUACGAAGACAGUUCGGCCGCACGACAACUUGUCGCUCAAGACAUUGGACGCAUUCUCAUCCACUUGUCCAGUGAUCCGCUGGAGUUCCGCAAGACGUUGUACGAUCACCGCACAGUUUUACCUGGUGCGAUUCUGAGCAACAUUCUUUCCCCCGUCCCAGAAGUCGCUGAGAUGGCGGAGGAGAUCGUGCUCAACCUUGUCGAGUCAGACUUUGCUACUUGCCCGCUGUGGCUCGAUCUGAUUGAGACCGCUAACGUGCGACUUGUGUUCCGUGUGGUGGUGGGGGCGAAGCGGCCGUCAGUGAAGGUUACGGCUGCCCGCAAGUUGAUUGACAUUGUGUACUCGCACCCGGACAUUCUUGAUGACGAGGAAGAUGGACUGUCGGCGGAGGAGAAGAGUACGUUGGUAUCGAUGUUGAUCGGUUUCUUUGUGGACUUCGACCCGCGCACGUCCGUGGUGGGCGUCCUCGCUCUGACGUUGCUGCUGAAGAACGGCCAAGUUUUCGACACGGAGCAAAUGGAGAAGAUCGCAGUCGACGGCGCUGUGUCUCUAGUCUACUGGAUGCAAAAGGGCACGGAACGGCACCAAGAAAACGCUGUUAAGAUCCUGCACGACGGAGUAAAGGACCCAGCCAUCCUGAAGAAGUUUUACGAGCAGCUUCAGGCCCCUUCGGUCCAGCGCGAGACCGUGUUCUUGCUCGAGCUGGGCCAGCAGCUCCUUGAUGUAGACAUCAAGUCGAACCCGGAGGGGCUCUUCAAGCGUUGCAAGCUCUUGCAAGGUCUGCUUGAGGUGACGGAUAUCGACGCGUUGCCCUCCGAUUGCAUGGAGAUCAUCGAGGAGCUGGCAGCGUAUCUGCUGGAGCUGUCAGAGGAAAAGGGCAACGAGACGGAACACGCGGACGAGGAAGACGAAGACAGGAAGCUCCGGGAAGAGUUUUUGCUUGUCAUUAUCCGCUUCAUUGCCGUUUUGAUCCCCUCGGGUACGUUCCACUCCACGCUCGUGCACCAAGACGCCAUCGAGAAGCUGGCAUAUGUGCUCAACGAGCAGAAGAAGGCAGCGCACCCGUCAGUCGAGGUCGUUGACGAAUCGAGCCGUCUGCUGAGGCAUCUCUGCGUGCACGAGGUGCCUCGACUCGUGGCCUGCAACGGCGUGGAGAUCGUGCUGGAAACCGUGAUGAACCGUGACGGUGACGACCAGGACCCAGAGCGUGUGGCCGAGAUGCUGGCGACCUUCAACUCGGUCAUGGAGUGCGGCCCCACCGGCAAAACCGCCCUGAUGGCGACGGAGGGUUUCCUUUCAAGUCUGGCCAGAGGGUUCAAGACUGUGUGUGGCGCCCUGAAUGAGGGCCAGGAGGCAUUGGCGGCGAAGCUGCUGGACACUGACUCGAACGGGCAGAACACGAAUCUGGAGGUUGCGUGUGGUCUCUGCCUCUUGGUCUUCCUGCUCGCCCGUGGGGGCUCCUACCGUGAGCGGGUGUUCCAGGAUACUGCGCUCGUGCAGCACAUCGUGGCGAUGCUGGCUUGGUUCCCGUCGAUCUUCUCAAGUGACGACCUCGUUACGCCCGAGCUGAAGGGCAAGUUCUCCUUGAUCUUCGGGUCUGGACUGCCCUUCCUGGAGGCUGCACUUGUGUCUGCUGAAGGGUCCUCCAUGCAAUCCGCGGACAUUGACAUUUUGUUCACAAGCGCCAUGGUGGUGUACACGAAGACGCUGGCGACCUUCGUGGACGGCCACGGAUCGUACGACCUCUUCCUCGCUGCCUGUGAAGGACUGAAGAGUUUCUUCGACACGGAUAGCGCGGUGGCGGUACUGGGUGAUGCUGGACGGAAGGAGUUUGAGACGCUGCUGAGAGAGCAGGUGUUCCGCUCGCUGAAGACGACCAUGUACUCGAUGGAGUGUGUGGUGGCUCUGCUGGAGAUCGCUGUCGCUGUGGUUCCUGCCCGGGCCGGGCAACACGAAGGCGAACCUGUGGAGGAGCCUGCUCGCAGCUCGUGGCUGGUGGCUGGAGUGCUGCACGCGCUCUUCAACUGGGAGCUGUUCGGUGACGACCUGGACGUGUCGGUACUGUUCACGUUGCUGCGGCGGUUCUGCUCGUCCUCGAAGAUCCGCAACUCGCUGUACGAACAUGUCGACUACGAGAAGCUGGUGGACAUUUUGGUGGAGUUAGCGCAAGCUGCCAAGUGGCGGCGGUGGCGCAAGUACGCGCUGAGCAUGCUGAUGCUGCUCGGCGAGGACAGCGCCAUGGACCACGCGCACCACGAUGCAGGACCCGUGCCGAUCCUCCAGGCGUCGGCCACCAGCUCGUUCCGAAGCAGCGAGAUGCCCGCGUGCGCAACCCGCUGCUUCCACUGCCGUCAAGUGGUGCACGCGCCCGUGCAGGCCAAUCUGUGUGUGAUGCCGUGCCCGUACUGCCAGAAGGCGAUCGCUGUUGCGUCUGAUAACUCCUCGGCGGCGAUCGACACGCUCCCGUCCGUCGUAGAGGACAACAGCUUCAGUAAUGGAGCUGCGUCCAAGGGCUCCACUUCGUCCGCUGGGGGCCAGGACUUCGUCUGCGUCAACUGCAGCAAGACGAUCGAGCUGCCGGACAGCCUCAGUCCGUCCGAGAUCGUGUGCCCCCACUGUCUGCAGCUGGCGGCCGUGAAGACGACGAGUCAGUCGGUGAUGCCAGCGUUCAGCAGCGACAAGAAGAGGUCGUCGUCGUCCUCGGUGCGCUCGGUCGAGUCGGGGGCCAGUCUGCCCAAGGACCCGUCCCUGUCGGGCAUCGACGUGCGGGACACCAAGGUCGUGAGCUGCGGCCACUGCGCCAAGCACCUGAUCGUCAAGAACGGCGCGUCGGCCGUCAAGUGCCCGUCGUGCCACGGAGUUUCCAAGCUGUCCACGACGACGACCCAAGAGAUGAUGCGUUGCAAGAACUGCAACACGCUGCUGAGCCUGCCCGCGGGCGCCAGGGCGUACAAGUGUAUGAAGUGCCUGCAGACCACGCGCCUAUCGUAG